CCCGCAUUCCUUUCAUAUUUUAAUUUCACUCUGUUACAGCUGCCAAAAAUAACUUUUGUCCUAGGAAACACAGUUAUGGAACCCGGAUCAUUUUCUAUUUAGAGCCAUGAACGUGAUCAACAAAACUGCAGUGCGAUGUCUAAGACGAACCACAGAUCUAGACAGUAAUUCAGAAAAAACCGCGCAUUAGUUUUCGGUGAACGUAAGAGAAACCUGAUCUUUGUCGAUUUUUGUCCCGUUUCUGAAAGAAGAGGUAAGCAAAACCAACGAAGUAAAGAUAACCGACGUUGAAAUCGUGCUUUAUAUCAAUGAAAUGACCUGGAAAGACGACCUUCAUGCUUCAACAGACACAUUAGACUUCCUGUUUUCGAUUCACUGAUUGGGGACUGUCCGGUUGUCUGUGUUUUAUGCAAAUGCAGCUCACAACGGCUGUUGAACGUUUUAUAGAAAACGUCAUACCAUCAUGAGUACAGAGAUAACAAGGAAAGACAUCCUGAUGUUGCUUCCAUUAACCGCUUUGAGUCUAGCUGAUCCCAUCACAGACAUCCUCUCAUUGAUGGAAGUUUACAGUGCAGGCCACAAGAUUUGGUUUGCAGUAGGACUGAUUUUUUUGAUUUUACCUUGCUUCGCGUUUUCUGCUAUGUUCUAUGGGACUAGUAAAGAAAGUACCAUGAGAUGCAUGUUUGAUUGUGCGUGUCUUUGCGGAUUUCAUCCGUUCUCAGCUGCUGUACAGAGACUGGAAGCUUUCAUUGUCUGCAGCAGGAAGAAACUCUGGCGUGGCGAAGCAAUCGAGGAGGGCUCCCACGAAUUUGAAGUUCUGGACGCCUCCAAAAUGUCUGCGUUGUUUGAAGCCAUCUUUGAGUCAGCUCCACAAUUUGUAAUCCAGCUCUAUGUCGUGAGUGUUCAACAGGAACCGAUUUACUGUUGCUCACUUAUUUAUAUUCAACGAUGGUGCUGUCCAUCCCCAAUAAUCGUUCAUCAACUACAGUCAGUCGACCACAGCUACAAUUAAGCACGUAUUUUAGGAUAUGUUUAGGAUCUAUUUGAUAUUUGUUCAAUUGGCAUUGUUUUCAUUUAAUAUUUACUCAAGCGACAUUUAUUCAUAUUUGAUUAACUCAGUAUUUCAUUCGUUCAGGAAGUUCCCCUGCCAUCGAUAGAACUUUUUAUGACGGGACAUACUCCCUGAUAUUCUUUCAGUACUUCGGUUUGCUUGUAGGAGAGGAUUUUCCUAUUUCCAUUAUUGUGGGUUCGUUUUUGGGGAAUAAAAUAUAUCGGUGGUAUUUACUAAACCUUAGUAGUGUGUAAACAACUGUUAAGGAAUCAUUUUCGGGACUUAUCGUGAAAAUUAUCAAAAGGUUAAUAAACCACCAGGAAAAGAAAUAUGUUCUUUUAAGAAAUGUUCGGAGCUCCGUUCUAUGUUAAACUGAACCGGCAAUCACAGGUUAAACAAAAAGAAAAUAUCGAAAAGGUGCUAAUAGCUUUUGAAGGAAACUCGUUUGUGGUUUAUUUACUUUAGGAUAAUUGAUAUUUACUCAGUGUACUCUUAUCUAGACUAUGAGUGUUUCGUGUGUUCAUCGUCGCUAACUGUGUUUCAACAGCUUUUCUUUAUGUAUUUCCGUCAGUUUUGUCUUAGAGAAGAUUUUACAGCACCAGAACCAUGUUAGAACUGUUCAUAUGAAUGUUCUGGAAUUUGGAUUAUUUUAACUUUAUAAUUAGUUAACGAUUUCGUAAUGUCUUCGGACGACCUACGCUUAACCUCACUCUUACGGCUAAACUCUAAGAAACGACUUAACUGGACAUAUUCUCCCAACACGUAUUUCUUCCAUCUUUAUUGAGGUCUACUUUAAUCUGUGAAUCAGGACAAACAACAAAACUUCAACGAACUCUAUUUCCGUUGGCAUUUACGUUACUUUCAUUUAGGAAACAAACAUUAGCUAACAUUAUAAUAUUACAUCCGAAAACGUGAUUACAGCUGGCGUGCCUCGUGAGAAGCAAUGUCCUUAAAGAUAAAAUUUUAUUUUAGGUUGAAUCAAGGUCACACAUUUAUGCACAAUGAGGUGUUUUCUGAAACUUAUUGAAAUGACUUGCUGACCUCUACAUUUCUAAUACCUCCGAGGUCCAUUUGUUCUCAAUCCGUGGGGAUACACACAAAUUUACAUGCUCUUUCAGUCUAAACCUUAAUUCACUUUUCAUCAGGACCUACACCAAGAUCAUAGUUAUUUUUCUGUCUGUUUAUUUUCUUUUUUUGAGCAUUCCUUUGCAUAGAAAUCUCUUGGAAUAGGAAUUUUUUUGCAAAAGUAAACAUACCAAGAUAUGAUGAUGAAAUCUCUUAUUUUGGGCAACUCUAACAGCUGAAGUCAUCUUUUAUGCAUAACAAAGAUACUUGAUUUAGUUUUAGUAAAUUAGGUUUCUCUGACAUAAAUAUGAGUGCAACUUAUAGAAACUUCCCUUGUAACUUGUGCCAACUUCACUGAUAAAAAGACUUGUAAAACUUUGAAGACACUUGGAAGACUUAGAAAACCUCUAUAAGCCUGACGAAGAUAUCCAAUAAAGUCUACGCUGUUGUGAAACAAAAUCUGCUUCGUGACAAUAAGUUGUCACAGAAUGACUUGCAGUAAAUUCAUAAGAAAAAGUUUAUCUGAGUUCCAGGAACUUCUAUUUGCACAUUCUUAAUCAAUAUUUUUCUUUGCACAGGGACCGCGGAGAGGGAGGGGCUGGUAGGGCUACAACCCUACCACUUUUUUUUUUUCUGGGAUUUAUUUUCUACGACUCCAGAUGGCGCGCAAAUGCAAGAUAAAUGGCGAAAGACUGUCCUUAACGUUUGUCUGUAUUAUCCAGAUUUUUUAGCCCUAUCACUUUAAAAUAGUCUCUGCGGUCCCUGUUGCAGGAGACAUCCUGGCACUGACUUGACAGAUUUGCCGUGUAUUCUGAUUAAAAUGCUUUUAGCAAGUCUCUUUCGGCUUUUUGCUGAAUAGGCACGGAACGUUAUGAUUAUAUCUAUCUUUUUAUCUGGAUUAAAGGAGCGAUUGCAAAAUGGGGCGUUGUCUCUUGUCAACACUGAGAUGGUCUGACCAUUUGCCAUCAUUUUAUGGUCAUAAAUUUUAACACUUCUCUAAGGCACUGUUUACAAGCA